AUUCAAAUCGCAUGAACCCCUACAAUGUCCAACAUAACAAUCAAUACAAUAAUGCGCCACCGCAAGGCUAUCCCCCAAAUUCGAUGGUAAAUGGCAAUAAAUAUCGUCGCUAGAUGUGAAUUUUCAAAAAUCUUAAAAAGAAGCAUGAAGUGGUCUCUGAUCUUAUUAUUGGGCUUGGUGGCCCUGGCCCAUGUGCGUGCCGAAGUUGAAGAACUAGAUAAUGAGGACUUAUUGGAGGAAUUACUCGAUUUGGAAUUGGAUGAAAGUGAAGAGGAAUUGUUGAGACAAUUUGAGGAGAAAAAUUUGAACAAAGAUGUAGAACGUGAAAAUGAAAUUGCUUCCAAAUUGGCAGCUGAUACCAACAACAUUUUGAAUCCUGUUGUAGAAAUCGAUCCUUGUGAAAAAAUGCACUGUGGUGCUGGUCGUGUCUGCCAUUUGGAAGGCGUUACUGCCAAGUGUAUCUGUAUCCCUGAAUGCCCUGAUGAGGUAGAUGCACGACGUCGCGUUUGCACCAACAAAAACGAAACCUGGCCCUCGGAUUGCUCUGUCUACCAACAACGUUGUUUGUGCGACACCAAAGAUCCUGGUUGUCUGAAUCCCAGCAAUACUCACUUGCACAUUGACUACUAUGGCGAAUGCCACGAAUUGAAGGAAUGUACCGAAGAGGAAAUGAAAGAUUUCCCCAGACGUGUUCGUGAUUGGCUCUUCAACGUUAUGCGUGAUUUGGCCGAACGUGAUGAACUCACCGAACAUUAUAUGCAAAUGGAAUUGGAAGCUGAAACCAAUAUGACUCGUCGCUGGGCUAAUGCUGCCGUCUGGAAAUGGUGUGAUUUAGAUGGUGAUACUGAUCGUUCUGUAUCCCGUCACGAACUUUUCCCCAUUCGUGCUCCUCUCAUGAGUCUGGAACACUGCAUUGCCCCCUUCUUGGAAUCUUGCGAUCCCAACAAAGAUCAUCGUAUCACCUUGGUUGAGUGGGGAGCAUGCCUUGGUUUGGAUCCCUCUGACCUCAAUGAACGUUGUGAUGAUAUUCAAAAAUCUGUGCCUCAUUUAUUGGGUUAAAUGUUGUGUCAUCAUCAUCGUCUUGCGGCGUCAACGGAAGUUGUACAAUCACAACUAGUACUAACGCGUUGGUGACAUGAAUAUAUUUUAAGAAGAAAAAAAAAUAAUCAAAGAGAUUUGUGUGGACAUAUCUGCCUGUCCACAUGCAGUGUUCAAUGCCAAAUAUUUUUUUUUUAAAUACUUAUUUCAAAUAAAAUAUAAAUUUAUGUAGAUUAUUUUGUAUGACUAA